AUGUCCCAAAGCUAUAGAUCCACUCGUUCUUCCGCUAAGGAAACUCAAUCUUUCGAAAAAACUAUUAUCCAGGGUCUGGCAUCCGACGGAGGAUUGUUUAUUCCUUCUGAGAUUCCCCAGGUUGAUGCGGAAACACUUGAGAAAUGGUCGAGUCUGAGUUUCCAAGAACUUGCUUUGGAAAUCAUGAAACUUUACAUUUCGAAUGAAGAAAUUCCCGAAAACGAUUUGAAAGAGUUGAUCCAAAGAUCGUACUCUACUUUCCGUUCGAGCGAGGUCACUCCCUUGGCAAAAGAUAUUACUGGAAAUGGUGAACAUCUUCAUGUUCUUGAGCUAUACCAUGGCCCAACUUAUGCCUUUAAAGAUGUGGCUUUGCAAUUCGUGGGUAACCUAUUCGAAUACUUUCUACAAAGAGCCAAUAAGGAUUUGCCUCAGGAACAGCGCAAAAAAAUCACUGUUGUGGGUGCUACCUCCGGUGACACCGGCAGUGCUGCUAUUUACGGUAUGAGAGGCAAGAAGGACGUCUCUGUCUUCAUUUUGUAUCCAACCGGCAGAAUCUCACCUAUUCAAGAGGAACAAAUGACCACUGUUCCCGACAAAAAUGUGCAAACUCUUUCCGUGAAAGGCACUUUCGACAAUUGCCAGGACAUUGUGAAGGCCAUUUUUGGUGACGUUGAGUUUAACAAGAAGCACAACGUGGGCGCUGUUAACUCCAUCAACUGGGCCAGGAUCUUGGCUCAGAUGACUUACUACUUUUACGCCUAUUUCCAGGCUAUCAAGGGUGCUCAGAGCAAAGUAAAAUUUGUUGUUCCAAGUGGUAACUUUGGUGAUAUCUUGGCUGGCUACUACGCCAGAAAGAUGGGUUUGCCAGUUGAAAGAUUAGUCAUUGCCACCAACUCCAAUGACAUUUUGGAUAGAUUCAUGAAGACUGGUGUUUACGAGAGAUCCGACGAUGUUGCAGCUACACUGUCACCUGCUAUGGACAUUCUUGUCUCCUCUAACUUCGAAAGACUAUUGUGGUACUUGGCUCGCGAUGUGAUGGCUUCUGGCGAUGACCAAAAAGCUGGAGAAAUUCUAAACCAGUGGUUUGUGCAAUUGAAGACGGAAGGUAAGUUCGUUGUUGACCAAGCUGUAAUUAAGGCAGCUUUGGUUGACUUCGACUCCGAAAGAGUAUCGGACCCUGAAACGAAAGAAACAAUAAAGGAAAUCUAUCAAUCGUCUCAAAAUCCAAAGAACUAUAUUUUGGAUCCUCACACAGCGGUCGGUGUUUGCGCUACCAAGAGACAGAUUUCCAAGGACAACGACAGCAAUAUUCAAUACAUUUCUUUGUCUACUGCUCACCCAGCCAAGUUUGCCGAGGCUGUGAAUGACGCUCUGUCCGAAUUUGAGGGUUAUUCUUUCGAAAAGGAUGUUCUUCCUGAUGAGUUAAAGAAGUUGUCAACUUUGGAGAAAAAAUUGAAAUUUGUCGAGAAGGCUGAUAUCGAGCUUGUUAAGCGUACUAUCGAGGAGGAGUUGGUUAAAAUGGGGUUGUUCUAG